CCCGCGGGCCCCGGCGGCGGGAGGAGAGAGUCGGCGGCCGCCCGAGCCGGCACCCCGGGCGGGGACCCAGCGCAGGCGACGACGCGCCGCGGCCCGGCUGAGCGAGCGAGCGAGCGAGCGAGCAAGGGGCGGCCGGGAGCGGCGGGCGCCGCGCAGGGCCGGGCGAGACCGUGGACCAUGGCCAUGUGGAUCCAGACGCAGCAGCUGACGGGCGAUGCGCUCCUCCAGAUGCAGGCGCUCUACGGCCAGCACUUCCCCAUCGAGGUGCGCCACUACUUAUCCCAGUGGAUCGAGAGCCAGGCAUGGGACUCAAUAGAUCUUGAUAAUCCACAGGAGAACAUUAAGGCCACCCAGCUCCUGGAGGGCCUGGUGCAGGAGCUGCAGAAGAAGGCGGAGCAUCAGGUGGGGGAAGAUGGGUUCCUGCUGAAGAUCAAGCUGGGCCACUAUGCCACGCAGAUGCAGAACACAUACGACCGCUGCCCCAUGGAGCUGGUGCGCUGCAUCCGCCACAUCCUCUACAAUGAGCAGAGGCUCAUCCGAGAAGCCAACAAUGGCACCUCGCCAGCCAGCAGCCUCGCCGAUGCCAUGUCCCAGAAACACCUGCAGAUCAACCAGACGUUCGAGGAGCUGCGGCUGGUGACGCAGGACACGGAGAAUGAGCUGAAGAAGCUGCAGCAGACGCAGGAGUAUUUCAUCAUCCAGUACCAGGAGAGCCUGAGGGUCCAGGCUCAGAGAGCCCAGCCGGGGCCGCUGAACCCGCAGGAGCGCCUGAGCCGGGACACGGCGCUGCAGCAGAAGCAGGUGUCCCUGGAGGCCUGGCUGCAGCGCGAGGCGCAGACGCUGCAGCAGUACCGCGUGGAGCUGGCCGAGAAGCACCAGAAAACGCUGCAGCUGCUGCGCAAGCAACAGACCAUCAUCCUGGACGACGAGCUGAUCCAGUGGAAGCGGCGGCAGCAGCUGGCGGGGAACGGGGGGCCCCCCGAGGGCAGCCUGGACGUGCUGCAGUCCUGGUGUGAGAAGCUGGCGGAGAUCAUCUGGCAGAACCGGCAGCAGAUCCGCAGGGCCGAGCACCUGUGCCAGCAGCUGCCCAUCGCGGGGCCGGUGGAGGAGAUGCUGGCAGAGGUCAACGCCACCAUCACGGACAUCAUCUCGGCCCUGGUCACCAGCACCUUCAUCAUCGAGAAGCAGCCCCCGCAGGUGCUGAAGACCCAGACCAAGUUUGCGGCCACCGUGCGGCUGCUGGUGGGUGGGAAGCUGAACGUGCACAUGAACCCGCCCCAGGUCAAGGCCACCAUCAUCAGCGAGCAGCAGGCCAAGGCGCUGCUCAAGAACGAGAACACCCGCAAUGACUACAGCGGGGAGAUCUUGAACAACUGCUGCGUGAUGGAGUACCACCAGGCCACCGGCACCCUCAGCGCCCACUUCCGCAACAUGUCCCUGAAACGCAUUAAGAGGUCUGACCGCCGUGGCGCAGAAUCAGUGACAGAAGAGAAGUUUACGAUCCUCUUUGAAUCUCAGUUCAGCGUUGGUGGCAAUGAGCUGGUCUUUCAAGUCAAGACCCUGUCUCUCCCCGUGGUGGUGAUCGUGCACGGCAGCCAGGACAACAACGCCACAGCCACUGUUCUCUGGGACAACGCAUUUGCAGAGCCGGGCAGGGUACCCUUCGCCGUGCCCGACAAAGUGCUGUGGCCGCAGCUCUGCGAGGCGCUCAACAUGAAGUUCAAGGCCGAGGUACAGAGCAACCGGGGCCUGACCAGCGAGAACCUGGUAUUCCUGGCACAGAAACUCUUCAACAGCAGCAGCGGCCACCUGGAGGACUACAGCGGCAUGUCCGUGUCCUGGUCCCAGUUCAACAGGGAGAACUUACCCGGACGGAAUUACACUUUCUGGCAGUGGUUUGAUGGCGUGAUGGAAGUGUUGAAAAAGCAUCUCAAGCCUCAUUGGAAUGACGGAGCUAUUUUGGGCUUUGUGAACAAGCAGCAGGCCCACGACCUGCUCAUCAACAAGCCCGACGGCACCUUCCUGCUGCGCUUCAGCGACUCGGAGAUCGGCGGCAUCACCAUCGCCUGGAAGUUCGACUCCCAGGAAAGGAUGUUUUGGAAUCUGAUGCCGUUCACCACCAGAGACUUCUCCAUCCGGUCCCUGGCCGAUCGCCUGGGAGACCUGAAUUAUCUCAUCUACGUGUUUCCGGAUCGGCCGAAGGAUGAAGUGUACUCCAAGUACUACACGCCAGUUCCGCGUGAGCCUCCCACUGCCAAAGCCGUGGACGGAUAUGUGAAGCCGCAGAUCAAGCAGGUGGUCCCUGAGUUCGUGAGCGCAUCUGCGGACACUGCAGGGAGCAGCGCCACCUACAUGGACCAGGCCCCCUCCCCCGUCGUGUGUUCCCAGACCCACUAUAACAUGUAUCCGCAGAACCCCGACCCUGUCCUGGACACCGACGGCGACUUUGAUCUGGAUGACACGAUGGACGUGGCGCGGCGCGUGGAGGAACUGUUGGGGCGGCCGAUGGACAGCCAGUGGAUCCCCCACGCGCAGUCGUGACCCCCCCCUGCUCCCCGCCGUCAGCUUCUGCGUCCUCGCCAAAGGAGGUCACUCGUGGCUGCCCGCGCUCCACGGGCCGCUUCUCUUUGGAAACAAUACUCAUAAUGUGAAGUGUUCAUACUCGUCGUGACUUUCGUGUCUGUGCGUGGUGGCCCCGUGGAGGGAGCGUGCGUGUGUGCGUGCGUGGCCGUCUGCGCCUUGCGUUUCUCCCCUUUGCCACCGCUGGAGUCCCACCACGAGCAGCAGCUGCUGCGGCUGUUUGAACCUUGAGCAGGAGGGGCUGUUUCGUCCCAGCCCCCCCGCCCCGCCCCAGUCCCAGCCCGGCCUUUCACCCGCGGUGGGAAGAAAAGCAAAGGGAGGAGAAAGUGGCUCCCCCGGCGCUGCCCGGUCGCUCAUCUGUAACCGUCAUCGUCUCCGCUUUUCUCGUGAUGUGUAGAAACUGCCUCUGACGGAGAAAGUCGGUCCUCCCCCGCCCCCGUUUUCCUGGGGAGCGCCCCGAGUCUGUCUGGUGGGGUCAGGAAGGUCCAGCGUUUCUGUCCGAAGGGUAGUUAGUGCCUUUUGAAGUGACGCUCUCGCCUCAGCUGCUCUCCCUCCUCCCCCUGCCCCUCCCCCGCCCCAUGGAGCAACCCCCGUGGAUCCUGUGUGCAGACGCCGUGGGUGGACUGCAGGGACAUAGAGGCCAGCUCGAGCCAGGCCCCCUCGUUGAUGUCCUUUGUCUGUGGACCGAGCGAGCAGCGGAGACUACUCAGCACGGAGCAUGUUUGCCCGUUGCCCGGGUGCACAGGGCGGCAGUGCCCGUCACUCGCCCUCCCCGAAGGCUCGCAAAGGCUCCCGCCUGGGCUGGACGGUGUCGGUGUCAUGUCUCGCUGCUAAAUCAGGACUCGGGUUGGCCCUUCCCACCAACAUCAGGAUUCUUUCUCCCCGCACCAGGGCCCGUGCACUCACUCCCAGGCCACGUCCUCUCUCUCUCGCUGGCCGCGCGGAGGUCUGGGGGAGAGGGUGGCGGUUUGAUGUCCCUCAAGGGUGGGGUAGCCAGGGAAAAGGCCCGCCGUGUGCCUGGGAGUCGGGUACUGGCAGGAGCAGAUCUGAACGUCCCGGACCACGGCUCCCACUGAAGGAAGGACAGGCCAGGCCGGCAGGUGAGGGGGGCAGAGAGCUUUCAGCGUCGGCCCUUGGGGUCACCCCAGUCCCCCUCUCAAAGGAAGGGCGUGACGACACCCUAGAGAAAGUGGCCCUUUAAAAAAAAAAGCCCUUAUUUUUAUACACGCGUGAGUAAACGGCUAUUUUUUUUACAAAAAUAACUUCUGAAUUUAUCAGUGUUUGGAUGUUAAAGGAAAUACUCCUCUGUAGUAAAUUAUUGAUUGGAAAAUGACUUUUUUCAAAGCUGCUGUUUGCCCUGCUCUGUUUCUUACUCGGAUCUAUUUUUCUAUGCCAGGCGGUAGAUUCUCACUGCCUCCGAGGAGUAGGGGGUCCCCGCCCAGGCACCAGCACAGAGGUGGGAUGCUGCUAUGCCCCUUCCUGCCCCUCCAAAGCCAAUGGAUGUUGCAGCCAUGAGGCGGCUGGGCCUGGAGCACUUGGGGAAGGGGUGAGGAAGGAGGAGCCCCAGCCCCGCCCCCUCCUGCUGGCCUGUGCGGGGGAGGGAGGGGGUGCCAAGCUUGUCGCCCAGGCUCUGGUUUCCCUGCUUGUCCCGCUGCUGCCUGAGCAUCCUCAGGUGCCUGCCCCCGGCGGGGAGAGAAGGUGCUGGAAAGCGCGCUCGCUCCCUGCGUUACAUUUCCUCUCUCUUCCCUGCCCUGCAAACGCCACCAGUGGCCGUGGCAGGUCUUGACCUCCAGACACGUACCUAAAAGCCAUCCGCGUGUUUCUGCGCCCUGUGUGGGGGUGUGGGGUGUGGGUCGGGGAGACGAACGUGACUAUAACUUAAAAUGGAAGUAUACUUUUAUAAUUUUUCUUUUUAAAACUUUGUGAAAUUAUUCAGAUACAUAUUUUAGUGUCCAGAUGGAUUAGUAUAUAGCCACCAAAAAAAAAAAAGUAUUGUGUACGAUUUGGGGCAGUCACAAAAUUGUGUAUUUUAUGUUACAAUAAAGCCUCUAAAAGGACAAGA